ACUCUUACAAAUCUAUAUUUUGAGAACACUAUAAGGCCAAAUAUAGUUAAAAUACUGCCAGAGGCGUAUUUAGUCGCGAAAUUCUGUCUGGUGUGGGAUUUGGACGGCGUGGGAAAGUGGUCUGAUGUAUUUGAAUGCGCGCGCAUGUCACCGACGGGUUGGAAAGAGGCGCGUGGACUUUGUACGAGUUAGUACUUGCAUCUCCCUUUUAUGACCACACACUGUUGACGUUACAUGAGUAUGGAGACCUCUUUGGUGGAGAAGGUGUUUCUCUUCGGCCUCAACGUUGCCGGCUGGUUGUGGGGUAUUGUGAGCUUUUUACCGUGGUAUUAUUUUGUCGGUAGAAAGCAGUAUCGACCCAAUCAUAAUGUACAAGCUCUUCCAGUUAACGAUCUUCCCGGCGGACCAUAUCGAUGUGUAGAACAUUUCGGUUCUUUGAAGACUUCUCUCUACGAUGGUGUCACAACGUUGGAUCAGAUGUUCAAGCGAGCUGUAAACUUGUAUCCUUACAGAAAAUGUCUUGGAACACGAGAGAUAAUCAAAGAAGAAGACGAGAUGCAGCCUAAUGGCCGAGUGUUCAAGAAACUUGUGUGCGGCGAAUACAGCUGGUUGACUUAUGCUGAGGUUGAUGUCAGAGCGAGAGCUUUUGGAAAAGGAUUGGCUGCUUUGGGGCAGCAAGUCAAAGAAAAUAUUGUGAUAUUUUCAGACACAAAGGCUGAGUGGAUGAUUGCUGCACAGGGAUGCUUUGCUCAAAAUUUCCCUCUUGUUACAGUUUAUGCCACACUUGGAGAUGAAGCUCUCAUUCAUGGCAUCAAUGAAACAGAAGUUAGAUUUAUCAUCACAGAUGCUUCUCUGCUCCACAAGCUCUCGGCUGUUAUCGACAGGCUACCCAAAGUUGAGCACAUUGUGUACCUUGGAAAUGUUGUGAAGAAAUCUGCACUUCUAGGCUUUUCCAGGAGAGUUAAAGUCCAUUCUAUGCAUGAUGUGGAAGAGAUUGGGGAGUCACAAGAUGACGCUUCCAUGGUUCGGAAAGGUCCUACCCCUGCUGAUGUUGCAGUUAUAAUGUAUACAAGUGGUUCAACAGGACUUCCCAAAGGUGUCAUCAUUCCUCACAGUUCUCUGAUGGCUGCUGUUGCUGGUGUUAUUGGGAGAGUACAGCCAUCUUUGAGUGAGAAAGAUAUCUAUGUUGGUUAUCUUCCAUUAGCACAUGUCUUGGAGCUGUUGGCAGAAAAUGCAGUACUUGCGCAUGGGGCCUCCAUAGGAUAUUCCACUACUCUGACCCUCUCUGAUCAGUCCUCUAAAAUCAAGAAAGGAACAAAAGGAGAUUUAUCAGUCCUUAGACCAACUGUAAUGGCUGCAGUUCCAACAAUCAUGGAUAGGAUACGGCAAAAUGUUAUGGAGAAAGUCAAGGAAGGUCCACGUCUUCUGCAGCUGUUUUUCUCAUUUGCAUACAGCUACAAGUUGAAGCAGCUAAAACUUGGCUAUGAUACACCUAUUCUAAACAGAUUCAUUUUCUCCAAGAUGCGAAGUCUUCUAGGGGGUCGUGUACGCCAGAUCAUCAGUGGUGGCGCCCCUUUGUCUGAAGACACUCAGUUCUUUAUGAAUGUGUGCUUCUGCUGUCCUGUUGGUCAAGGUUAUGGUCUCACUGAGGUGUGUGGAGCAGGAACUGUCUGCAAUGCGUGGGACAGGACAACAGGUCGCGUGGGGCCUCCAGUGUCUUCAGCCCAAAUCAAGCUUGUCAACUGGGAGGAAGGAAACUACACAGUCACGGAUAAACCUUACCCCAGAGGAGAGAUCGUGAUUGGCGGUCCAGUCGUCAACCGCGGCUAUUUCAAUAAUCCAACGAAAACCGCUGAAGACUUUGAAGAAGACAGAAAUGGCAUGCGAUGGUUCCAUACUGGUGAUAUAGGCGAGUUCCAUCCCGAUGGAUGUCUGAAAAUCAUAGAUCGUAAGAAAGAUCUUGUGAAGCUGCAGAUUGGAGAGUAUGUGUCUCUUGGCAAAGUAGAAGCAGCGCUUGCACAGAGUCAGUAUGUGGAAGCUUUGUGUGUGUAUGCAGAGAGCCGUAACACCUUUGUGGUGUGCCUGGUGGUGCCACGCCCUAAACAGCUCAAGGCCCUAGCAGUGUCGCUCGGUGUUCAUACCGAUGACUGGGCUGAACAGUGCAAGAAUAAAGCCAUCCAAGAUGCCGUCCUCAAAGAUCUGCAGGCUCUCGGCAAAGCUUUGCGUCUCGAGAAGUUCGAGAUUCCUCAGCGUUUAACCCUUGUCCCCGAACAGUGGACGCCUGACACCGAUCUUGUUACCGCUGCUCUGAAGCUCAGACGAAAACAAAUUACAUCCUACUACAGCCAGACACUGGAUGCUAUGUACAACAGUUGAACGAGGUCUUAAAACUUCUUGGGAAAACUCCUGGAAAUCGGCGAGAAGUCUACUCUAUUUUCUCAAGGGGGAAAAACGGUCACCGUUAAUCCCUCUGCUUUCAAAUUACCGGAUCGUCCUCUUAACGAAAAUCUAAUUCUUGACCUUACCGAAUGGGUAAUUGAUCUUACCGAACGGAUAAUUCCUAAUUCGAAAAAUAAGAAAUCAGAAAUCCUGAAAAGAUUGUGCGAGCAAUUUUAUUUCGAUGACGGCAGGUUGCAGCAGUGCGAUGUUGCUGGUACUGCCUGAUUAAAGAGAAAACAAAACAGAGAUAUUUUACCCCGGGGCAGUAACUGCGCGAAAUGUUCUUUUUUUAAAUAUAUGAACUUUUAAUCGGAGAAGAUAUUUGUGUUCUAAUAAUUUCACAUGCAUCUUGUGAGGAAUCUGAUACAAACGAAUUUCGAUUAAUGGUGUGCAUGGAACUGGUCUCUGUGUCUGUGCAUAUGCACUUGGCAUAAUCAAAUACUGGCAAAGACAUUCUCGCAAAUAAAAAAAAAGUUAUUAUGAAUUGUCA